AUGCUCACCAUGAGAACAGAAGCGGAAGGUUCGAAACCAAAAUCAAACCUUAACCCAGUAGUAAUGGAAGGAACACCAAAGCCAAAGGCCAGUCUCUACGAACAAUGCAGAGAAGAGAGGAUCAAAGAGAAUCUUCAGAGGAUGCAAAAUCUGGGUCUCUUGAAUCUCUCCCUCCAACUCAAAUCCAAGACCCGACAAGCCAAAAGACCAUACGGUAACUCUAAUUCAGCUCAGAAACCGACCACUCCACUUCAACCUUCCCGGCGAUCUUCUCGAUUGGAGAAGUCAAGUCCAGUUAUCUACACUGAUGGAGUCAAUGAGAAGGGUAAACGAGAGAGUGUUGUGAUUGGUGAAGGCCCAAGGACUGAGGUUUACACAGAGGGACAUGAGAAGCUGCUUGGGAACACAGAACGAAGCUGGACGUGUUUUGUCGAUGGCUACGAUAAGGAUGGAAAACGGAUUUAUGAUCCGUUUAAGGGUAAGACUUGUCACCAAUGCAGAUAUGGUGAACAUGUGCUUGAAGCUCUUGAGAAUCCAAAAUGGGUUUGCCCUGUUUGUCGCGGGAUUUGCAAUUGCAGUAUGUGCCGGAACCAUAAAGGAUGGGUUCCAACUGGUCCGAUUUACAGAAGGAUCGCUAAACUUGGGUAUAAGUCUGUUGCACAUUAUCUGAUUCAAACCAAACGGUCCCAAACUGAUGAUGCCACCCCAAAUCAAGCUUCUGCAAAGAGAUCACUUUCCUUUCAAGAAGCUACAUCACUUCCCAAGAUUGCUGCUGCUGAUGAUGAUCAUGAUCACUCUGAACAAGUAGUACAGAAUGGUGAUUACUUGAAGAAAGAGGAAGAUGAAAAUACGAACGAGAAUCCGGAUUCAGCUAGAAGAUCACUGAGCUUCUUCUUGCCUUCACUGGAUGAUCAAACUUCAUUGGUUGAUGUUCAGCUCAUAGAUUAUCCUGAGCCGCCAAAGCAGGAUAAACAAGACCAUUCGUGUACCAACAUUGGUGAUGGUCUUCCAAGAAUUCAAGAGAGGACAGGACAAAACUCGAAUUCGGAUACAAGAGCAGAUUGUUACUUGUUUCCUGGAGAAAAUCAGACUAUUGUGCUCGAUGCUCAGGACAAGAUCCAAUGCAAUGAGACAGAUAUCGAAAGUACCUCAGUGAGUACUCGAGAAACGAGAAGUAAGAGGAAAGCAUCUCUCGAACCUAAUCCAGAUAGCAUUGGUGGAAGACUAAGGCAGCGUCGAACGAGCCAAAGUGGGCUUUAA